AUGGGAGACCUGGUCUCGUCGGUUUUGGCUGUACCGGCUUAUGUCGAAGGAUUCGUAAAAACUGCUAGGGUGGUGAUCAAAUACAAGUCAAUUUCGGAGGACCAUGUGGAGACUGUCGAGGAUGCCAUGUUCUGCGCAGAGACUCUCAAAUACUAUGCAGGCUUCGUGAAUAUCAAAGACGAGAAUAUUCUCAACCAUCCGUCCGCCCCACUUUUGGAAGAAGCUCUUCUUCACGCAAAAACUGCGUUGGAAACGGCAGAGCGAAUUCUCCACGAUUGGACAGUAAAACUCAAGCUCUAUCCGAAAUCUCAAGGAAGGAUGAUUCUAGACAAGCUGGCUUCCUCCAUCGCUGAGAAGUUUGCUCAAAGCAAAAGCGAUGGUUCUGGCGGCGAUCGGCGGAAAAAUCCGCUGAGCAGGAUAAAGCUACUUCAAGAAGCAUCGUACCUUGCCUUUGGCGUAAUCGAGAUCAAGGAUGCUAUGAAGAGGCUCAACAAGUGGAUAACACGCCUGGAACAUCUUCUCCUCACGUCUCCAAAUUUGAGGUUACGCACGGAAAUCGUAGACUCGGACAACAGUCAUGGAGACAAGCAGGACGAUGUUGCAUUCGUUGCUGCGGCGCGUAAACGGGCGAAAUCCGAAAUUCCAGUCACUACCAUCGAUGCUGCAGCUCUAGAGUCCGCCUUCGACAUCGAUCCGAGUCAUAAUUCUGGGAUCCACCGGUUGGAGGACGGUGACUACUCUGGGUGUAUUGUCGACUUGCGUGACAUUCAGAUACGACCAUUUACACCAGACAUGAUGGAGGAACAACGUGAUACCUUGAACAUCUGCAGGCUUUUCGCCGAAGCACCGUCAGACAGCGAAUACCGCACUCGAGCUACCGUCGGCAUCCUUCCUUGCCUUGGCUAUGCUAUUGCAAACGCAGGGAAGAACCACUAUCUAUUUUUCCGUCUUCCGUCCGGAACAGGUACGCCCCGUACACUGCGCAGUUUGUUAUUGUCUGGGCCAGCUGCACAUUCUAUCAACGCACGUCUCGACUUUUGCAUCAAGCUUGCGACGUCCGUACUCAUCGUCCAAUCGCUCGGACUUGUUCACAAAAACAUCAGGUCGGAUGCGAUCCUUGUUACAACACCGCUCAGCACUUUACGGGACAAUAAGACUCUAGGGACGCCCUAUCUGAUUUCGUUCGGUCAGGCCCGUUUGUCCGCGGGACCUUCCGAUCUAAGGACAUAUGCCGGAGCAUCGCUCGCGAUGAACCUGUACAUUCAUCCACGACAUCUAAUUUCAUAUAAACGAAAGAAAUUUCAAAUGCGUGACGACAUAUACAGCCUGGGAAUCUGUCUCCUCGAGGUUGCGAUAUGGAGGUCUCUUCUGAUAUGGGACAGUGAGAACGAUGGAUUUGUGUUCGAUCACAGCGUUGUGGACCUUUCUGACGAUCAUUACGAGGAAAUUUUGGAAAGUCGAGGCCAUUCGACACAACACGAUAAAAGCUGGCUCCGACGUUUCGACUUGAUGGAGUUUGUGCAAAAGACCGUACCUAUCACGAUGGGUGACACAUUAAAGGAUAUUAUUCUUAAUUGUCUGACGUUUGGGGAACACGACACGCCGUCAUACGACGCGACCUUCGACGUUAUUCAAGAGACCGAUACGCAGGAUGACAGGGCCGAUCAGCAAAGCGUAAUGUUCGUGCAGGACAUCCUAACCAAAUUGCGCAGUUUGUCAUUUGCAGACACAGAGAAGACCGGGUAA